AUGCACGCCCGGGACGGGCGUGGCCAGCACAACCGUCUCCGGGCCGGCCGGGAUGCCCUCUUCCGGGCCCAUUGGCAGCGCGUCCUCGUCAAUGGGCAGACCCAGCAGGCUGCGCAGCACGACGACGGCGCCGGCCUUGCUCAUGACCAUGUUGGCCUCGUGGCAGUUGGGCGAUGCAAUGCACUCGAGACAGCCGCGCGCGGCCGCCAGCGCGUCGCCAGCAUUGUACAGGCCGCAGGCACAGCUCUCGAUGCGCGUCAGGGCCUGCUGCAGCAGCAGGUCGACAAAGUCAAAGGCCUUGGCCGUGAUGCCCGUGCCGCCGGCGCCGCCCUUGGCAUCGUAGAACGUGAGCCGCGCGGGGCGCUUGCGCUGGGUGACCGGGCGGUUCUGGAACUCCUUCAGGCCGCUCUUGCAUUCGGUGCGCACGUCGCCGGGCACGCUGAUGACAAAGUUGGGCAGCAGACUCAGCACCGCGUGCUCGGCGGCGUGGAUCGCGGCGGCCAUGUGCAGGCGCCGCCGCUCGAGCACGGCCAGGCCCGACGCGGGCACGUCCACCCAGGCGCCGCGGCUGUAGCGGACCACCGGCGGGUUGUCCACUUGCACGGCAUCCAGGAUGCGCUCGCGGCGGUCGACUUUGAAGUAGCCAAAGACGUACGCGCGCGCCGCGUCCGGGCUGUCGCGCGCCGCCGGACCCCCCUCGCCAAUCCGCCGGAUCGCCUGCGUCUCAAUGGGGUCGAUGUCGGUGAAGUCGCGCUGCUGUGUCGUCCAGUCCACGCGCACGCGCUCCACGCGCGCCAUGCUCUGGUCCGGGCUGAACUCGCGCACCAGGUACGUCGUGCCCUGGUGCAGGAAGAUGGCGCCGUCGUAGAGGGUAAACGUGGCGCGAGACGCCUCCAGCUCUUCCAGCACAAUGGGUGGGUUGUGGCCAAUGUCCACAAUGGCAAAGUGGUCGUCCUCGGUGUCGCGGAUCGCCACCAGCUUCCACGGCUGCGGGCGGAAGUGGUCGUGGCAGUGGAAGCAGUCCAUCUCGUCGCGCACGAGGCGCUCCGCACAGAGCGCCGCCAGCCCAGGGCCAAAGUAUUGCUCGUCGUCCGCGGGGCGGAUCGGCAUCUCGUACGCGGCGCACUGCACGUGGCCCUCGCGCACCAGCAUGUUGGCGAGGUCGACCUGCAGCGAGCCGUGCGGCUGGUCAAACAGCAUGUCCGGGUUCUGCAUGUAGUACUGGUCCGUCGCAAACGAGUCGCCGACCAGAAUCGACAGCGAGUCGCGCCCCCGCCGCCGCCCCGCGCGCCCGCUUUGCUGUCGCAAGUUGGCGAUGCUGUAGGGGAAGCCCCACGUCAUGACGCAGUCGAGCGAGCCAAUGUCGACGCCCAGCUCCAGCGCCGUCGUCGCUACGAUGCCCACCAGGCGGCCCGCAAACAUGUCUGCCUCGAUGCGUCGCCGGUCGCACUCGUGGCGUCCGCGCCGCUCCAGUUCCUGCUGGACGGCGCCUACGAGCUUCUCGCACUGUUCGCGCACGCGGCAAAAGGCAAUCACGCGCACGCCGCGCAAGAUCAGCUCGCAGAACAGCCGCGCGCAUUCAUAGAGCGCGCUGCCGCGGCCGCUGGCCGGAUCGCCCGGCACGCGAAAGGGCGUGUUCCAGCAGAGAAACUCUUUUCGGCCAGACGGCGAGCCGUCAUAGUCGACGAGUUGUACGGGCGACGGCUGCUCCGGGUUGUCGCGCUCCCAGUCCAUGACGCCAAAGAUGGUCUCAAAGUGCUCCCGCGGGUUGGCCACUGUGGCCGAGCACGAGAUGAAGCGCACCGAGCGGUUGCCGAGAGUGGCGCACACGCGCCGCAGCCGGCGCAUGAUGAAGGCCAUGUGCGAGCCCAUGAGGCCGUUGUAGUAGUGCAGCUCGUCGACCACGACAUACCGCAGCCGCUGCAAGAACGAGCGCCAGCGGCUCUCCUGCGGCAGAAUGGCGGCGUGCAGCAUGUCGGGGUUCGUGAAGAUGACGCGCGCCUCCUCGCGAAUGCGGUCGCGCUCUUUCCACGGCGUAUCGCCGUCGUACGUCUCCACGAGAACGUCGCACAGGUUCGGCAUGUAUGCCAGGAGGUCGCGCAGGCUGCGCUUCUGGUCUUGGGCGAGCGCCUUGGUUGGGAAGAUGUACAUGGCGCGCGUGAACGGGUCAUCUUCGAGUGCAUGGACCACAGGCAGCUGGAAGAUGAGCGACUUGCCCGAGCUCGUCGACGUCGACACCACGACGUGGCGGCCCGCGUGCAGCGCGUUAAUGGCCUCGGUCUGGUGCACAUAGAAUUGCGUGAUGCCUUUGGCGUUGUACAGCGCGUUGACCAUGUCCUGGCUCAGCAGAAAAUCCAGGUCGCCGUACACGGGCUCCUGCUCUUCGAACACGCGGUGGCCGUCAGGGACCACCUGUCCCGAGUACCACGAGCUGUUCUUCAGCUCGUCCACAAUCUCGGGGAUCGUCUUCCGUUCCGCCGGAAUCGUCGGCGGGAUUCCGUUGUUGCUGUUGUCGUCGCUGUCUGUGUCGCCGUUGUUUCGCGACGGCCGCGCGUCAACAAGACCCUCUUCGGGGCUCGGUACGGGUACAAACGCCUCGGCUUCGCUUUUCAACGACUCGACAGGGUCGGUCGCAUCUCUCUCGCCCUCCAGUCCCUCGCACCGGUCCAGAAAUGCAUUCACGGCCGUCGCAAACCGUCGGUUGCGCUUUUCGAUGAGCGCAGCCAUCUGCUUCUGUCCGUACAUGGGCAUCCGCAGCUGCUCGUCCCGCAGCAUGCGUGUCGGCUUUGUCGGCUCACCUGUCUUCGGGUUAGCAACCUCCCGCUUGAGGCCCUCGUCGAUAAACUCGAAAUACAGGACCUCUUUGUGCAGCGGCUGGUCCUGCGUGCCCUGUUCGUCGUAGACGCCUCCGUCUGGCCGCACCUUCAUUGCCUCUCGACCUGUGAUGCCGCCCACCGACGCGUCGGCUGCCGGGCCCGGGGCUUUCAAAUUGUUCCGGGUCCGGCUCGUCGCACCCGUCUUGAAGGUGGUGUCACGUUCUGCACCCUGGAUGUCGACCUGCAGCGACAGCUCGUCCACAUAGGCAAAGCGGAUCGUGCCGGCGGCGUCAGCAGAACUGCUGCCGUUGUUGAAGUGCAGCGACAGGAGCGCCGCCACGGCGGCCACGUCGCUCUCGAGCAGCGGACGGCCCGUGUUGGACUCGACGGCCGUCUUGAUCGUCGCAAACGUCGUCAACAGGUGCUUGCGCGUGCAGCAGAUGGUGUACACCAGGUUCAGGGCGCGGUGCGUCUUUUCCAGGUCACGGAACCACUCGGGCCAGGCAUCGACCUUGCGCGGGGUGGGGCCUUUGUCAGACUGAGUCUCGGCAUCGUUACUGUUCUCCUUCUGUGUCGCCGGCUUCCCCUUCGCAGAGGUCUUGCGUUUCGACGCUGGUUUUGCCGUACUGCCUCCGUCGCUGUCGACACUGCCGGGUGUGGGGGCAUCCUCGGCCACUGGGGUACCCGCAUCUCCAGACACAGCACCCGUCGUAUCGGAUCGCUUUCGCUUGCUACCUGGUCCGUCCGUUGUGUUUGUUUCGCUCUGUACUUUGGCGAGAAUCGUUCGACGUCUCGUUCCGUCUCGUCGUCUGCCGCCGCCACGACCGUCCGCUGUCACCGCGUCGGCCAUUGUAUGCUAGGCACCUCAAAAACAAGCUCCAUUGGACUGCUCGUCUCCGUCGGGUGGGAAGGUGUUGCGACUGUGGGUAGGUGUUGA